AUGAAAAUGAUCAUUUCAAUUACCCUUAUAAUCCAAUCAGUCGCCACUAUUCUAGCAAAUGUCGAAGGAGAGCCUUCAAAUUUUACAGCCACCCAAACUUCAACUACCUUAGAAGAACAACCGGCUGUAAUAACUACUCCCCUACAGGAAGCCAGAACAACUAAAAUUAUCCCAGAAAAUCCGAGAAUUGAUGAACUUUUGCCUGGCGAAGAGCAUCCAUAUUGGUACAAUGAUGCUUUAAAAGAUAUUGCUUAUUACUUGAGGGCUCAUAAGUUCAAUGAGUAUGAUAGAAGGUAUAAUAGAGAAGGAACUAAUGUUGAAAGAACAAACUUCAAAUAUUUUCCGAAGCCACCUUUAAGAGCGUUACAUUGGGAAGUAAAAAAAUAUUGUGAACCGUCUUUUCUUCAUUGCGUAGACUAUCUGAGGAAAAAACUAAAGAAUGUUGCUAUACGUAGACAGGAUGAUACAGCAAUCGUUGCCCAAGAAAGCAAUUUGGGUCCAAAUGCCUCAAUCAUUCUAAGCCAAGUUGAUUUGGAAUGUCGAAGAAUGAGAGAUAUUGAUAAUAGAAUUGCGCCUCCAUUUGAAGGGCCACUAGAACGUUAUCAAUGGAGGUCUACUGCUAGCUACUACAUGUGCUGGUACACAAUGAAUGAAGUACCAGAUUUGCAACACAUAGAUGAACAUUGCGACAAUUUUGCUUAUUGUAUGGACUUGUCUACGGGUCCAAAUAAUUUGGAUGUAAGGGCUAAUAAUAGUGAACCAUAUGCUUGUGCCCAAUAUAGCUUUUGUCCGGAUCCUUGUUGUCCUAAUAAGCAACUGCCCAGAAAAGAAAUGUGCUGGCAGGACGAAAAAAAUCCGUGUUUCAGUGAAAACCCAGAAGGGCACAGAAUAUGCGGCUUUAACAGGUCGCAAAAUACGGACUUUAGUGACAUAAUUCUCAAUAGAUGGAACGUAAGCUGUAGCUGCUCGGAAAAAGGAUACGUUUGGAGCUCGUUAUAUGGUAUUUGCGUUGAUGUUGAUGAAUGCGCUGACGAAGAUGUGCAAAGUUGUAAUGAUGAAGGACAAGCAUGUUUGAAUUUGCCUGGAAAAUACACUUGUGUUUGUAAAUGGGGUUAUGUCUACAGUGAAAAGGAUAAAAAAUGUGUAAUAAGUGUGCCCAUAUCCAAAAUAAAGCUCAAUAGUAAACCAAAAGAAGAAAAAGCUACUCCGAGAGAUAGAUGGGAAGAUUUUAUGAAGGCAGUGCUUAGUGUCAUUGGAAAACCAUCUUCGGCUAGUGUGAUAAAGAUUCCCCAAUUAGUGUUUAAAUUAAAUUUGAUUUUAUGUUUCAUUAUUCAGUUUAUGUUGUAAAAAU